AUGACAGACCAAGACAACUCAUACAGACCGCGCUCACCCGACUUCUCGGGUUUCCCCGGCAGCGUUCCCCCCUUCCACGACUACAGCCAGCACUCCUACGCUGCAGCCUUCGCGACCCCCAUCUCCCCUCAGGCCUCCUACGACGCCUCCCCUUUCUUCAGCCCACAAACUCACCAUCAGCAGCAGUACCCAUAUCACCAGCAGCAGCAGCAGCACAACCAUCAACAGUACCAUCAACAGCCCUACAUACCUCAGCUCUACUCCCCAACGGACGAGAUGGCCCCCCACACCCGGUCCCGGACCCAGGCAAUGCAGCAGCCUCAGCACAUGCUCGACCACCAGCAGCAACAAUACCAGCAGCAGCAGCAGCAACAACAACAACAACAGCUACAACAACUACAACAGCAGCAUCAGCAGCAUCAGCAGAAAGGGGGCGGUGGAGAGACAAUGGAACAGCCAGCGCCAGCGCAGCCGGAGGAGAAGAGCCUGGGACCCUCCGGCGGUAUAGAGGUCAAGACCAAGUUCCCCGUCGCCCGGAUAAAGCGCAUUAUGCAGGCGGACGAGGACGUCGGCAAAGUCGCCCAGGUCACUCCGAUCGCCGUCUCCAAAGCACUGGAGCUAUUCAUGAUAUCGCUCGUCACCAAAGGCGCCCAGGUUGCCAGGGACCGCUCAUCCAAGCGCAUAACGGCAAAUCACCUCAAGGAGGCCAUUGGCAAGGACGAAGUGCUCGACUUCCUGGCUGACAUCAUCUCCAAGGUGCCUGACGCACCAGCGGGCAAGAAACACGACGAAGACGGCAGCGACCAGAAUGAGAAACCCAAGAAGAAGGGCAGUCGGCGGAAGAAAGAAGAUAUGGACGAGGACUAA